AUGCUCAUGUUCGCGCUCAGCUUCGCCGCCCUGGCGUGCACGGUGGCCGCACGGCCUUCACUCAGCUACCUGGAGAAUCACUUCACCGCCGAGGAUGAGUCCGAGGAGGUUCGUUCGGCCGCCAUCAAGAGGCUCCUGGAGGUUUUUGGGAUGGAGGACCCUCCCGCUAUCCAUGGACACAAGCAGGCACCUCAGUACAUGCUCGACCUGUACAACACCGUGGCCGACGUGGACGGUGUCACCAAGGACCCUUACCUGCUGGAGGGGAAUACUGUGCGCAGCUUCUUUGACAAAUUGCGAAGUGAGCAGGUGGAGUUCAGGUUCAAUUUGUCCACGGUGGCGAGCACAGAGAAGAUUCUGACUGCAGAGCUGCAUCUGUUCAAGCUGCGACCUCAGGCGUCAGUCACCUUCAACAGACACCACUUCUGCCAAGUCAGUGUUUAUCAGCUGCUUGACAAAAGCAACAACACACAGGGGAGGAAGCUGCUGUCCUCUCGACUCAUCCCAGUCCACUCCACUGGUUGGGAGGUUUUCACCAUCACACAAGCUGUCCGCUCCUGGAUGGGGGAUGAAAGCAGCAACCUGGGCCUCCAUAUUGUGGUCCAGACCCUGGGAGGAAGCCAGGUGGACAUGAAACUGAUCCGCUUCGCUUCAGGACGCAGCCACCACCAGAGCAAGCAGCCCAUGCUGGUUCUGUUCACCGAUGAUGGACGGCGCUCCGCUACUCUUGAGAAUGCAGAUUCAAAUGACACCCCAGUCACCCCCAGCCUGCCCCACGCCCCCAUGACAGGCCCACCCUCCCGCAGCGCCCGCUCCCUGGACUACAGCGAGGAGGAGGGUCUGUCCACGUCCUGCAAACGCCAACCGCUCUACGUGGACUUCGAGGAGAUCGGCUGGUCGGGCUGGAUCGUCUCUCCCAGGGGUUACAACGCCUACCACUGCAAAGGCUCCUGCCAGUUCCCCCUGGGCCAGAACAUGAGGCCAACCAACCACGCCACCGUCCAGUCCAUCAUCAACGCCCUGAAGCUGAUGAAGGGCAUCGAUACGCCGUGCUGCGUGCCAGACAAGCUCUUCUCCAUCAACCUGCUCUACUUCGACGAUGAAGAGAACGUGGUGCUGAAACAGUACAACGACAUGGUGGCGGGCAGCUGUGGCUGCCACUGA